AUGUCAAAAAAUAUCAAAAAACUUAUUGCGUUUGAAGAACUUUCUGAUGGUUUCUGGCAAUCAGCAUACAAAGAAGUCUUCAAAGAAUUAAUUCUAACAAUACUGUACUCUACACCAAAAGAAUAUAGACUUGCACUAGAAAAGUACUUACCUAAAAAUGCUGAGCACUUUAUCGAUACAAUUGGAAGAAACGCUUGGGUUUCUUAUUUUAAUGAAAAACUUUUACCAGAA